AUGUAUGCGCUUAUCAUUCUCUCCUUAUUUGUUUUCUUAGCGCUAGCAAUUACACUGCCUCAAAAAUAUGACUAUAUCGUUGUCGGUGGUGGUACUACCGGACUUGUCGUUGCAAACAGACUGAGUGAAGAUCCGAAGAGAACUGUUCUCGUGAUUGAGAAUGGCGCCCUCGGUAACAGUACACUUUCCAGCAUCCCCGGCAACUCAGGAGGUAUUAACCUCGCUGCCAUGUACGACAUGCAUAGUGCGCCAGUUCCAAACCUCGGAAAUCAAAGCUUCUUGGUAACAGUUGGCAAUGUUGUAGGUGGAGGUUCUUAUGUCAACGGUAUGCAAUUCGACAGGGGCGCUGAUGCAGACUACGAUGCGUGGGGUGAACUUGGGAAUGGGGACUGGGAUUGGAACGGGCUGAAGCCUUACUUUAUGAAGAGUAACCACUUCGAUGCACCGCAUGAAGACACAAUCAAGGCCUUUGGUAUGACGUACGACACGAAGGCUUAUGGAGAUGGCCCGUUGAAGGUAUCCAUUCCGGACUACCAGUUCCCGGACAUGAAGACCAUUUAUCACUCGUGGGAUAAGGCCGAUAUUCCUCACCCACGUGAGGGUUUUGCAGAGCCUGUCGGCCAUUACUGGUCACCAAAUUCCGUCAACAAGGACACGGGUAUGCGUAGUACAUCACGUACCACAUACUACGAUGGCAUCGUGUCGCGUAAGAACCUGAAGCUGUUACCCAACACCACAAUAAUCUUCUCCGAAGAUGGAUUCAGCGCCUUGACUGCUAUAGGUGUCAAAUACACGUCAAAGGACACAAAACAGCAAGUACAGGCUUAUGCAACAAAGGAAGUCAUUCUUGCAGCCGGUGGUGUAUUCACACCGCACUUGCUAAUGUACUCUGGUAUUGGACCAAAAGAUGUCCUUGAGGCUGCUAGCAUUUCUGUCAGAAAGGUAAUCCCAAAACCAUUCACAUUGUGCAUCUCUGUGCUGACGAUUCCCGCUUCCAAGAAUCUUCCCGCGGUAGGCUCCAAUUUCCAAGACCAUGUAGCCAACUACAUGAACUUCGAGCUUGAGAACCUGAAUCCUGAGAAUAUGGAUGCCCUCAACACUAACGCGACCUUCAAUCAAACUGCCUAUGAUCAAUACCUGAAGUCGCAUACCGGCCCUUACUCCGUCGGCAAAGCCAAUGGCCUUGUCUUCAUUGCACUCCAGCAUUUCGACUCAAACUUCAACAAAACAGUCUCGAAACUGGAAUCCCAGGAUGCCUCCAAGUACCUACCCCCACGCUAUGCCGCGGAUGCUAAGCUCCUCGCCGGCUUCAAAGCGCAGCGCGCCAUUCUCGCGAAACAGUUCUCUGGAACCUCUGCUGCGGUAGGCGAGCUUGUGAUCCAGCCCUGGGGAUUCUCCGGUAUCGCGAACAACAAACCUCUCUCACGAGGCACCAUCACACUCAACACCACGCAUCCAUCUGCCUACCCUAUUGUCCAAUGGAACACAUUCCAAAAUCCCAUUGACGCUGAUGUCAUGUACAAGCCCGUUGAGACGGUGCCAGGCCCGCAGUACCAAACUGAUACGGAUAUCAUCCGAGGGGGUGUUAUUUCUGGGUCGCUGCAACCUACAUUUGCACAUCCUAGUGGAGGAUGCAGCAUGAUGCCAGAGAAGCUGGGGGGUUGUGUUAGUGAUAAGUUGUUAGUGUAUGGGGUCAAGCGCCUAAGUGUUGUGGACGCAAGCAUCAUUCCUAUGAUUCCAGCGGCGCAUUUGCAAGCCACCAUGUAUGCGGUUGCUGAGAAGGCAGCUGAUAUUAUCAAGAGUAGGAUGUAA